CUCUCUUUGAAUUUCUAGUAGUCAAUGAGUUCAGCGGAAAACAACAAUAGUAGUUCGUAAAUCAGAAGCCAUAAAAGAUGCAUUGCGUAUUAGUUGAGUACGUAUAAGAUUUAAAAAAACUUUCAGACGCGGAGCUGAAGUGAAGUGUUAUAUAAAAAAAGCGGACAAAAUUUACUAGUAAUAAGCAAGAUUGACGUAAACUUGCAAAAAUAAACGUGACUUGAAUUCAAAACCAGUAUAAAAUUCGUCGAAUCGAUAAGUCAUGGUCGCUGCAAAGGCUAUUGCAGAUCUCUGCAUUUAUAUAUUAACUUGGAACGUUGGUACGAAUUCGCCAAAUAAUCUGUCAUUGACAGAUGCACUAUCGCUAAAUGGUACUUCCAAUUGCCCUGACCAACAAAUCCCUGAUAUAUAUGUUAUUGCAUUACAAGAAGUUAAUACCAAGCCAAAAAAUCAACUUUUAAACUAUUUUCAAGAUGAUCCUUGGGUUUUCAAGAUACGUGAACAUUUUAACGAUAAACAGUUUGCCAAAGUAUCAACAGAACAAUUGCAAGGAAUUCUCAUUAUGAUGUUUUCGCAAAUACAGCAUAUUCCACAUAUAAAGGAUAUUGAAGUUGGAAGUACUAAGACUGGUUUUGGUGGCUUAUGGGGUAACAAAGGUGCAGUUAGCAUACGUAUGAGUUUAUAUGGUACUGGUGUGGCAUUUGUUGGUGCACAUUUAGCAGCUCACGACAAAAAACUAAAAGAACGAAUAGAAGAUUAUAAUCAAAUUAUAAAUAAUCAUCACUAUGAUACAAACAAAUACAAAACGAUAUUUGAUCACGAUUUUGUUUUUUGGUUUGGUGAUCUAAACUUUCGCAUCGAUGGUACUGACUCAGCCUGGGAUAUACGUACUUUAGUGGAAGCUCGCCAAUUUGCUGAGCUACUUGAACGUGAUCAAUUAAAUUUAGUGCGUAAAACUGGAAAUGCUUUUGGCCGAUUAGAAGAGCAUACAAUUGAUUUUGCACCUACAUUCAAAUUUAUUGAGGGUACAUCGGAUUACGAUUUAAAUCGUAGACCUGCAUGGUGUGAUCGCAUUCUAUAUCGUGUUCAAGCUGAUAAAUAUCCUAGCAUUAAGUUGAGUCUCGAUCAGCUAUCAUAUAAAUCACAUCCUGAGUAUACAUUAUCUGACCACAAACCAGUAUCUGCGGAAUUUCUCUAUAAAAUUGAAACCGAAACUCAUACCGAUGAAGACCUCCACAUACUAACACAUAGUGAUGGAAAUACCGAAACUCCAUUAGCCAGUGUAAUUAUAUUGACUACUGCAUUUUUAUACGCAUUUAUUUAAGUUUCUGUCUUCCAUAGUUUUUUUAGUGUACAAAAAAACGAAAAUUUAUUAACUCAAGAACAAAUCUG